GCGUUCCUCUCAACCUCGCAAUUACACGUUUAUGGAAGUUACGCCAGACCAACCCUCUGCCUGAGGUGACGCUCUUGAGGGUAGGAACGUGUUCUUGUGACGGCUCAGUGUUCAGUCCUUGUGACGGCUCGGUGUUAAAUCCUUAUUACGGCUCAGUAAGUCCAUGUGACGGCUCAGUAAACCCUUGUGACGGCUCAGUAAAUCCUUGUGACGACUCAGUAAAUCCUUGUGACGGCUCGGUGUUAAAUUCUUAUUACGGCUCAGUAAGUCCAUGUGACGGCUCAGUAAAUCCUUGUGACGGCUCAGUAAAUCCUUGUGACGGUUCGGUGUUACAUUCUUAUUACAGCUCAGUAAGUCCAUGUGACGGCUCAGUAAAUCCAUGUGACGGCUCAGUAAAUCCAUGUGACGGCUCAGUAAAUCCUUGUGACGACUCAGUAAAUCCUUGUGACGGCUCGGUGUUAAAUUCUUAUUACGGCUCAGUAAGUCCAUGUGACGGCUCAGUAAGUCCAUGUGACGGCUCAGUAAGUCCAUGUGACGGCUCAGUAAAUCCUUAUGACGACUCAGUAAAACCUUGUGACGACUCAGUAAAUCCUUGUGACGGCUCGGUGUUAAAUCCUCAUUACGGCUCAUUGGCCAUCAGGAGUCCAGCCCUGCUGGGCUAUCAGAGUCCAGCCACCCCCCAGUUGGCCAUUAGAGUCAGCCCCACCCAGCUGGCCAUCAGAGUCCAGCCACCUCCCCUGUGCUGGCCAUCAGAGUCCAGCCCCCCACCCAGUUGGCUAUCAGAGCUCAGCCACGCCCAGUUGGCCACAGGAGUCCAGCCUCACCCAGUUGGCCAUCAGAGUCCAGCCACCUCCCCAGUUGGCCAUCAGAGUCCCACCCCCACCCAGUUGGCCAUCAGAGUCCAGCCACCUCCCAGUUGGCCAUCAGAGUCCAGCCCCACCCAGUUGGCCAUCAGAGUCCAGCCACCCAGUUGGCCAUUAGAGUCCAUCCCUCCCCCCAGUUGGCCAUCAGAGUCCAGUCCCUCACCCCCCUCCAAUGGCCUACGACAGAGGGCCAUAACUCCCCGAAAAUAA